UUCAACUAACCAAACAACACCACGAACAAGAGCUAUUUAACAAUGGUAUCCACAAGCCCCGCCGCUUCCAUCCUCCUCCUCGCGCUAGUGUUGGUUGUGGCCGCCGCCGAUUACUACGUGCCACCACCAACCACGUACAGUCCAUCACAACCUUACGUUCCCAUACCAACCACCACCUACACAUCACCGGUUGAGACUCCACAGUACUUUCCAAAACCAAACCCUGAUUUGGCCAUCGAAGGUCUCAUCUUGUGCAAAUCUGGCUACAAAACCUACCCUAUCCAAGGGGCCAAGGUUAAGGUUGUGUGUCCCAUCUUCGACUCAUAUGGAAAGCUAGUGGCUAAGGUUACAAUCUCGAGCUACCCAACAGACAUGAAGGGAUAUUUCCACUUCGUCGCUUACGGACUCUCCCUCAAGGUGAAGAACAUCAAUAGCUGCAACGUGAAGCUUGAGAGUUCUCCGCUCUCCACGUGUAAGAUUCCGACCAAUGUCAACAAAGGUGUCACCGGAGCUCCACUCUCUCCCGACAACUCCAACUUCCUUAGCCACGACAAUUUGAUCCUCUACACCCUUGAACCUUUCUAUUUCUCUACACCCGUGGCUCCAAAACCGGUUUACUAGGGAUCACAAUAAAUCAUUAGAUCGCCGUUUAUGCUUAUUUUCCAUUCUUUCAUUCUUGGCUCUAUGCUUUUUUUUUGUUUGCUUCACUUUAAAAUAAUAAUACGUUAAUGAAAUCUUAAUUAGUUUCCUAAA